AUGGAUUUCUUACAGCUGUCAGACAGAAUCAUUGGCGAGACAGCUGGGAGGGACAAAGAGCACGACUCCGCAGCAGUAAAAGACAGAGGACAGACACCUGCUGACUUCAGCCGCAUCUACAGCAAAGACCUGCUGCCAGCUCCAGGUGGUGACGAGAUGACCAGAGGGUUUCUGCAGGAGUUGGUUAACAUCCUGUUGGGUUAUAUCAGCAAGUCGAGUCAGCGGAGCUCCAAGGUCCUGGACUUCCACCAUCCUCACCAGCUAAAGGAGGGACUGGAGUGCUUCAGUCUGGACCUGCCUGACCAACCAGAAACUCUGGAGCAGUUACUAGUGGACUGUAGAGACACACUUAAGUACGGUGUCCGUACAGGCCAUCCCCGUUUCUUGAACCAGCUGUCUACAGGUCUGGAUGUGGUUGGUGUAGCAGGCGAGUGGUUAACCUCUACAGCCAACACUAACAUGUUUACGUAUGAAGUGUCCCCUGUUUUCAUUCUCAUGGAGGAGAUUGUUCUGAAGAAGAUGCAAAGCAUUGUGGGAUGGUCUGACGAGGAGGGAGACGGAAUCUUCUGUCCAGGAGGCACAAUAUCCAACCUGUACAGCAUCCUGGUGGCCAGAUAUCACUUCUACCCAGAGGUGAAGACCAGAGGGAUGGGAGUCCUGCCUCAGCUGGCCCUCUUCACUUCAGAACACAGUCACUACUCAGUAAAGAAGUCUGCAGCGGUGCUGGGGAUGGGCACUGAGAAUGUGUUCAUGGUGAAAUGUGAUGAAAGAGGGAAAAUGAUUCCUGCUGAGCUUGAGGCGUCCAUUGUUGUCGCCAAAGAAAAGGGUUUGGUUCCAUUCUAUGUGAGUGCGACAUCAGGCACUACGGUGUACGGAGCCUUCGAUCCUCUCAAUGCCAUAGCUGACAUCUGCCAUAAACACACACUGUGGAUGCAUGUUGAUGCAGCGUGGGGUGGGGGCCUGCUGAUGUCAGACAGGCACAGAAUGAAACUACAUGGCAUUGAAAGAGCCUGGUCUGUAACAUGGAAUCCUCACAAGAUGAUGGGCGUCCCUCUGCAGUGCUCUGUCGUACUAGUCAAAAAGAGAGGUCUCUUACAGGAGUGUAAUGAUUACGGGGCUGAGUACCUUUUCCAGACAGACAAAACCUACGAUGUGAGCUAUGAUACUGGAGAUAAGACCAUCCAGUGUGGUCGACAUGUUGAUGUCUUUAAACUUUGGCUCAUGUGGAAGGCAAAGGGCUCUGAGGGCUUCGGAUCUCAGGUGAACAAAUGCUUAGAGAACGCUGAGUAUCUGUAUGAUCAACUGCAGAGGAGGACUGACUUUGAACUGGUCUUGGAAAACAAACCGGAGCACAGCAACGUGUGUUUCUGGUACAUCCCUCAGAGUCUGAGAGGCCUGCCACCUGGACCGGACAGAGACGCAAAACUCCAUCAGGUGGCUCCUAAGAUCAAAGGCAGGAUGCUGGAGAAGGGCUCUGUCAUGAUUGGCUAUCAGCCUUUGGGAGACAAAGUCAAUUUCUUCAGGUGUGUGUUCUCCAAUCCCGCCACACAGACAGAGGAUGUCGACUUCCUGCUGGACGAGAUCGCCAGUCUGGGCGUUGACCUUUGA